GCCACCUGAGUUGUCGAUCUGGCUUGUUUCGUUCCUCUGCAGUCAUUAUUGUUGCUAGAGCUGUUUCGUGCUUGUUUCGUUUUUUAUGAUGGCAAGCUUCAGUGAGCAACGUGCAGCUGUGAAAUUUUGCUUUCUAAUUGGGGUGAAAAGAGGCAUGAAAGGACGCCGCUUUGACAACAUUGAAGAGGUCAAGGAAAAAAACGAGGGAGGAGCUGUCAGACAUUUCUAAGGAAGACUUCAAAAAAUGUUUAGAGCAGUGGAAGCACCGGUGGGACAAGUGUAUUAGUUGUAGUGGACAGUAUUGUGAAGGAGAUG